UCGGAGAAAUCUAGGGAGGAGAGAGGUCAACAUGACGGCCAACAUCCGGUACAAAAGCCGCAUCCCGGUAAAAACAGAGGAUGGUACAGAGGAGAAGCAGUAUGUAGGUUUCGCAACUCUGCCCAACCAGGUCCACAGGAAGUCGGUGAAGAAAGGCUUCGACUUCACACUGAUGGUGGCAGGAGAGUCUGGUAUGGGCAAAUCCACUCUGGUCAACAGCCUGUUCCUCACAGACCUCUACAAGGACAGGAAGUUACUGAAUGCUGAAGAGCGCAUCAACCAAACCGUGGAGAUCAUCAAACACACUGUAGACAUCGAGGAGAAAGGGGUCAAGCUCAAGCUGACCAUCGUCGACACGCCGGGGUUCGGAGACGCCGUCAACAACAACGAAUGCUGGAAGCCGAUCACAGACUACAUAGAUCAGCAGUUUGAGCAGUACUUCAGGGAUGAGAGCGGACUGAACAGAAAGAACAUCCAGGACAACCGAGUCCACUGCUGCCUCUACUUCAUCCCUCCAUUUGGGCACGGGCUGCGUCCGGUGGACGUCGAGUUCAUGAAGGCUCUGCACGAGAAGGUGAACAUAAUUCCGCUCAUCGCCAAAGCGGACUGCCUCACGCCCAACGAGAUCAAGAAGCUCAAAGACAGAAUACGAGAGGAAAUAGACAAGUUUGGGAUCAAAGUGUACCAGUUCCCCGAAUGUGACUCUGAUGAGGAUGAAGAGUUUAAACAGCUCGACAAAGAGCUGAAGGAGUGUACCCCGUUUGCUGUGAUCGGCAGUAACACAGUGGUGGAGGCUCGAGGGCAGAGAGUGAGAGGGAGACUGUACCCCUGGGGAAUCGUUGAAGUGGAGAACCAGUCGCACUGUGACUUUGUGAAACUGAGGAACAUGCUGAUUCGUUCACACAUGCACGACCUCAAAGACGUGACCUGCGACGUCCACUACGAGAACUACAGAGCGCAGUGCAUCCAGGAGAUGACCAGUAAACUGGCUCAGGACAACCGUAUGGAGAGUCCCAUCCCCAUCCUGCCGCUGUCCACUCCAGAUGUGGAGACUGAGAAACUAAUCAAAAUGAAAGAUGAGGAGCUGAAGAGGAUGCAGGAGAUGCUGAAUAAGAUGCAGCAGCAGAUGCACGACAAAGACCAGUGAUCGUCUCCCGGAGCAGAGCUGGUCUGCAGCGCCACCUGCUGUUUCUGCCCUGAACGACAGCGAGACCUUCAGGCAACAUGGGUAUCACGUGUUUAGUGGAAACUCUGGCUGUACUUUUAUCCUCAGUUUGGUGCUUUGUAUAGUUUGUCUGCCUGGACGGUUGUUUGUCAGAGCCAGUUUUUUUUUGGUCUCUGAAACUUUUGAAUCCAGUUUGCCCUCUUUGAGCCCCUCGCUGUGGUUUAACAGUCUUAACAUAUAUAAUAUAAAUGCGUAAUUUAAAUUACUACUCAGUGUAUCUAAUUUAUAAAUGCAAUGCUAAACUUUUUUGGAUAUUUUGUCAGGGUCUGAUGUGUGCUACCAGAUGUUUUGUAAAGAGAUUUAGGUUGUUGGUGAUGUCAAGAUUUGAUGGAUAUUGUUUUUUAUUAUGUGUUUGAGUGUGUGUGUGUGUGUGUGUGUGUGUGUGUGUGUGUGUGUGCGUGUGUGUGUGUGUGUGUGUGUGUGUGUGUGUGUGUGUGUAUUUCAUGACAUUUCCUCCAGAUAUCCGUCCAUGAAACUCCCUUUUAUCCACAAUGACUUUACUUAUUCUUUGUUUUAUCCAACUUUUGCUUUUGUUAAUUUGCUCUCUGAUCCUCACAAAUCAUUUCAUGUGACAUUUUUUCAAAUAUGUCAAUUCAAAUAUUCUCGUCCAGCGUUUUUAUAUUCGUGUGCUGGCUGAGCUGAAAAAUGCACUUAUUGCCAGUGGCUAACUGUGAAUGGAGAGCCUUUGACAUAAUGAGAGGGUCGCUGCAGUACGAGCAUGCUGCCGUUACUCAUAUCCGCUAAAUGCUGACGGACUAUUUUUUACUGCUUCAUAGCCGAUGCCCUGCGCUCGUGUUCAAAUGCAUCAUGACCUCCAGUUUGCUUUGUUGCCACUGCGGAAAAAAAUAGAUCAACAAUGAGGAGCGAAUACUGUGUCUAUGCUUCUGUUUUAAAUCUCUCUCAUUGGAAGUGAGUCUCUGCAUUCUGCUAGUAAAGAUAUGCAUCCUGUGUGUGUGUGUGUGUGUGUGUGUGUGUGUGUGUGUGUGCGUGCGCGUGCGCGUGGCGUGAGCGUGCGUGUGUGUUGGCUGAUGCUGAGGAACAGUUCAUAUUUUCUCCUGAAGGCUGUGCCCCGUUUAUAAAAG